GGAAAUCUAAGAAGUGGACUCCAAGAAGCAGUUGUGUUUCCUGGAAAUGAUCCUGAUGUCUGCAGUUGAUCUCUACUGGUAAUUUACAUAAGAACAGUUUCAGGCCAUGUCUGCUUUUUCUCAUCCAACGAUACCAAACCAGCUACAAAGUAAUAAUCGCAGAUGCAACGUGCAGAGACUCCAGGUGAAUCUGAGUUAUUAUCAGAAAAAUAUCACAGGAGCACAGAAUUAGAGCAGGAAGAGAGAAGGAGAAGACAUCAGUGGCCAACAUUACUGCAUGUGACAGCCUGAAACUCCUGACAAUCCAGCUGGGACAGUUCAGUUAUUGUGUAAAAGAGAACAUUUAAAAUGGAAGGGGCCAACCAAACCAUCGUGACUGAGUUUGUUCUGCUGGGGCUAUCAGAUCAGCCAAAGCUGGAGAAGACGUUCUUUGUGCUCAUCCUGGCCAUGUACCUAGUGAUCCUGCUGGGCAAUGGGGUGCUCAUCCUGGUCACCAUCUUUGACUCCCACCUGCACACUCCCAUGUACUUCUUCCUGGGGAACCUCUCCUUCCUGGACAUCUGCUACACCACUUCCUCUGUCCCCCUGGUCCUGGAUGGUUUCCUCACUCCCAGGAAAACCAUCUCUUUCUCAGCCUGUGCCAUCCAGAUGUUUCUCUCCUUUGCCAUGGGAGCCACAGAGUGCGUGCUGCUGAGCAUGAUGGCGUUUGAUCGCUAUGUGGCCAUCUGCAACCCCCUGCGGUACCCUGUAGUCAUGAGCAAGGCUGCCUAUGUGCCCAUGGCCACCAGCUCCUGGGCGGCUGGUGGACUUAACUCCUUGGUGCAGAUCUCUCUUGCAGUACAAUUGCCUUUCUGUGGGGACAAUGUCAUCAACCACUUCAUCUGUGAGAUCCUGGCCCUGCUGAAGCUGGCCUGUGCUGACAUCACCAUCAAUGUCAUCAGCAUGGGGGUGGCCAAUGUGAUCUUCCUGGGAGUCCCAGUUCUGUUCAUCUCUUUCUCCUACAUCUUCAUCCUCACCACCAUUCUGAGGAUCCCCUCAGCUGAGGGGAGGAAGAAGGCCUUCUCCACCUGCUUUGCCCACCUCACUGUGGUGAUUGUUUUCUAUGGAACUAUUCUUUUCAUGUAUGCAAAGCCCAAAUCAAAGGACCCAUUGGGGGCAGAUAAGCAGGAUGUUUCAGACAAACUCAUCUCCCUAUUUUAUGGUCUGUUGACCCCCAUGCUGAACCCCAUCAUCUACAGCCUCAGAAACAAGGAUGUGAAGGUCUCUGUGAAGAACUUUGUGAGUCAGAAAUGCUUCGCCCAAUGAUAGCCAGAGGAAGUGAGAGAAAUCUCAUGGUUCUUGUACAUUCCGGGGCUUUCCUAGCAAAUGACCCUUUG